AUGAUCGAGCAUGGAACAAUCUUGGAGGAUGAUUGCAAUUGUCCCCAACUAGCUCUGAAACUUAAGGCAGAUAGUUCUAAGCCCAAUCCUGUUAUGUGCACUGAGAAAAAGAAAGCUGAGCAUGUGAGAAGGUUUAAGGUUGGUGAUUUGACUAUUACGAAUGGAGUAGAUGAAAAUGAAUUGAUGCGUUUGCUCAAAAAGGGUCCUGUGGCUGUUAGUAUUGACACUUUUGUUGAAUUCUCCAAAUUUAAAGGGGAUGGAAUCUUCAUGGGAUCUGGCAAAAACAGUAUCAAGAUUGACAAACAUGUGUUCAUCGUAUACGGUUAUGGAACUAAAAUGCCCGAAGGAAUUCACUAUUGGAAGGUGCAAAACUCAGCCGGACUUAAAUGGGGCAAGAAUGGGUUCGGCAAAUCAGUAGGGGCAAAGGAGAACCGUCUCUCUUCACAUGCAUCAUAA